UUGGGUUAUGAAAUUGCUCGGGGAUUCAAGUAAUUGAGCUGGACACAUUCCUGUGAAUGUUUCUGUGGCAAAUGCCUCCAAAUAGAGAGUUACUAUUCACACUACCAACUUUAAAGAAAAUAAUAGAGAGAUGAAUGAGUUUAGAGAGAGAAACAAUGGGUGGGAGAGAGAUAGGUUCAGGGGAAAGACAGUGGAGAGAGGUAGAGCAAGCUUCAGGAAGGUAACCCAAUGGGACUAUGCAAGUAACAAGACAUGAGGCCAGCAACUACAUAAGGUGUCUAAUUGGAGGGACCACAAUGAUAUCACAACCUUCUACUUCACUUGUUUUGGAGAAGAAAUUACAGAGGAGGAGUUAUGGCAACACUUCAAGAAAUGGGGAGAUGUCAGGAAGGUAUUCAUACCCAAUCGCAGAAAUUACUCAGGAAGGAGGUAUGGAUUUGUCAGACUUAAAGGGGUACGCGACAUUCCACACUUGGCACGGCAACUGGAUAGGAUCGUUAUUGGAGGGUUGAAACUAUAUGUCAACAUCCCUAAGCAUGGAAGGGACAAACCAAGAAAGGCAGAUGCAGGGAUCAAAAUACAGAGACACGAGGGGGGCACCCAAACAGAAACUGACCACGCCAGACAAGCACGUCAAACAAACCCAGCCUCAUACAGGGAUGUGCUCAUGAGAAAUAACAGAGCUCCGGGAUAGCGACUGGCCUCCAACAUCCAAAAUCACAGCCGCCAAACCUCACCUUCUUCAAUCCACAUUGACAUCGAACUUGAAGACACCAAGUGGUUGAAGGACGCGUGGGUAGGACGCCUAAGAAACCCAGCUACGUUUGAAAGAGUGGAGGAUGAAUUAUGGUGGGAGAUAGGAUUGAAAAUAGCCCCUAAAUACAUAGGAGAUGACUCAGUCUUGCUUCUUGGCCUCAACGAUGAGGACCCAGAACAAAUCAUGAAUAAGGGACAAGAUAGAGGCUCAUCUAUGUUUUACUCAAUGGAGAGGUGGAGCCCAAGCUUACGCACUGGGAAUAGGCUGGUCUGGGUUCAUUGUUGGGGAAUCCCACUCCAAGCUUGGGAUAAGAAACAUAUACAACAGAUUAUGUCUGUUAUGGGAGAUUUGGUGGAUAUGGAUGACGAGGUUGAAGAAAAACGGAGGCUGGACAGAGCAAGGGUGCUCAUUAAGACCCCAUGGAGGCCAACUAUCCAACACACCAUCCACGUCCACAUUGGUGAUGAAACAUUUGCGGUGGACGUUAUUGAGGAGAGCGACAGUGUAUUUCACGACUACCUUCGGGGGAGAAGGAGUUUCGUGGGGUUGUCUGACGAGAUCUUCUCGGACGAAAGUUAUUACAGAGACCACAACAGCCAAACGCACAACCAAACCCAUUUCGGGGCCAUCCCGUCGACGUCGGCGGCUAAUGUGGUGCGGGAAGACGACAUGCAAUCAACGGUGCCGGAAACACAAACUAAACAACGCUACCUCGCUUGUAGACCCGACGGCGGAGUUGAAGACCACGGCACAACUCUAUUAUCCAGCGGUCAACCGGGUUGCAAAUACCCAGUGGGUAAUAGUAGUAUCCCACGGACGUUUGGCAGACAACAACGGUCAACAACGGCACAACAGCUUUUUCACCAAAAUGGAAACAUUGAAAGGAGGGAGAUAGAUGAUAUGGCAGAGAUCCACAAUGUUUUAAAAGCUGAAACACGCGAUCACAGUGUCACAUGCGACCCGACAGAGGCGAAAGACCACUCAUGCAAUCAUGGAAAAUUAAAAAAAUCUGGAGGGUGAUGAAGACAGAGGUGUAGAGGCAGCUCGUGAGCAGCGGGUGGGCAAUUAUGAGGAUUCAAGUGGGCCAAACAAAAUGGUCAGCAGCUACACUUGUACCCCCAAUGAAAAAAUGCACAAAUUGGGCCUCAGCCCAAUAACCAACAAGGCAGAAAUAGAAAAUACCUGGCUAGUAUAUUCCAGACAAAGGAGGUGCCAAAAGAAAUCCAAAUCGGGCCUCACUUUAUAUAACACAGUGGAAGAAGAAGAGAGGAGUAGUACACCGGAUCAGUCCCCACAAAAAUUGGCACAAAGGGAAUUUGCGUGUCAUACCCUUGCACCUGAAACAAACAAUCACAAUGGUGGUAGGGAAGCAAAUACAGAGCCACAUCCAGCUCACGAGGCAGCUCAAUUAUGGAGCAUGGCUAAACAAUUGGGCGUUACAGGAGGAGAUGAGAAUGAUGCUAUCAUUGAAAAAAUUAAACUAAUGGAAGAAAGGGAUAAGACAGAAUAUGAGAGAUGGGAGUAAAGUGGGCAGCAAUUAGAAGAAUGAUAAAGAAGGAGGGUGCAGACAUGAUAUGCUUACAAGAGACAAAGAAAGAAGUUGUUGACAAAGCUAUGUGUCAGGCAUUAUGGGGGGAUGUGGAGGUUUGUUGGGAGAUGUUGCCAGCUAAUAAUAUAGUAGGAGGUAUAUUAUGUCUAUGGAGUGAAACAACUUUCAGGCUACAGAGUAAACUAAUUGGCAAUGGAUUCAUUCACUUGGCUGGGGAGUGGAUUAAAGAGGCACAACACAUCAAUUUAGUUACCGUGUAUUCACCUUGCGACAUUCACAACAAGAGAUUACUAUGGGAUAAUAUAAAGCAACUGAAAGAUUCUUUGUCUGGAGGGCUAUGGUGUAUCCUGGGCGACUUCAACAACAUUAGGAACCCAAAUGAAAGAUUUGGCAUAGGUAAGAGGAUAUCGGGGGACAACAGCAUCACAAAAUUCAAUGACUGGAUACAUGAGCUGGAGCUUAUUGAGGCACCAUGGAUCAGGAGAAAAUACACUUGGUUUAGACCAAAUGAGACAUCUAGGAGAAGGAUAGACAGGUUCCUGGUAUCACACGAAUGGUUGGACAGAUGGCCUGGCAGCUAUCAAUCUACUCUGGCAAGGAACUUUUCAGACCACUGUCCAAUCCUUCUUCGAUCCAAGGUAGCAGAUUGGGGUCCUAAGCCUUUUAGGAUACUCAAUUGCUGGUUAUCAGAUAAAUCCUUCAAGGAAGUUGUACACCAAUGCUGGACUUCUCACCAACAAUUAGGCUGGGGUGGGUUUGUCCUCAAGGAAAAGAUCAAGAGACUAAAACAAAGGCUGAAGAUUUGGAAUCAGGAACAGUUUGGAGAUACUCUCAAAAGGGUCAAGAAGAUAGAGGCUGAAUUAAACAAACUAGAGGAAGACACAAGCCAUAGAGAACUAUCUUCUCAAGAAGUCACGAAAAGGAAACAACUUCAAGAAGCCCUAUGGGUAGUUGCACAAGCCCAUGUGUAACAGCCGUAAUUGUUAAUAAAUAAAUAAUAUAGUAAUAAGUUAAUAAAUAAAUAAAUAAAUAAAUAAAAAUAUAAUUAGGUCAUAAAUCUCCACUAUAUAAACCAAAUGUUAACCUAGAGCAGCUUUUACAAAACACUUCUGUCCCUUUUUCUUUUCUGACGCACAAGAACCCUAACAGAGCAACCAGAGGAGGAGCUCUAGAGAGCACCAGAGACGCCACCAUUGCUAACAGAGAACAUUUAAGCGACUACCUCGAGGGAAAUUAAGGUGAAGUGGGAAGGUUCAAUUCAUACUUGAACUUGGCGUAGUUGGAGCACACAGACACAGCUGUUGCAGGCAUUAAAAGCAAAGCCAGCAGUUACAACAAUCCUCACGGAUAUAUAGAUGCCGUAAAGCACAAGGUUUGCUUUUUCUACUAAUUGCUCUGACCCUUCUUUCAUAUUCAACUGCAGAAUAGUCAUUUAAUAGUUGUACUCUGAUUUGAAAUCAAUAGUUUUUGUUUUGUAAUUUUUGGCCCCCAAUAUACCAAUUUGGUUCAUGUCAAUGUUUCACUUCAGUCAAAUAGUGUAUAACCCAGUAACUAGUACGACACUGCUGGUUUUAUGUAUGAUUUUCUUCAAUGGAUUCAUUCCCUUUAUUCUUUCUUGUUUGUGUCUAUAGGUAAUGGGAUAAUACUAGUGUAGGGUCUCAUUUGGUCAUUUAGUCAUUAUUGGAAUAAGUUUCCACAGGUUUUUUUGGAUACUAAUAUUAAUAAUAUUCUGAGCGAAGUACCAUAUACCCAUCGUAUCUCGUAUCCGGGUUCUCGCGUGUGUGACCAAAAUAUACACAUCCCUUUAUUCUCGAAAUAGGAAAUGUAACUAGCAAAACUUACCCACAAGCCACACCAGCUGUAGUCUGUUCACAGUUGUGACCAAGACAAUGGUCAUUAAUUUCGUUCUCGUCAAAUUUAUCUUACUUGAUAUAUUUAGAGUCCGAGGAGAUAUCAUCCUCACAUAUCCCAAGAAAAUCCUCCUACAAUAUCAAGACAUCCAUCAACAGCUCCAAAAUGACAGAUAUGCCUGUGAUGUAUGAACACAGUACAUAGCAUCCUAAGCUAAUUGUUUGGACUUGCCUCUCCCAUUCUGCAUAAUGACAGAUAUGGCUGUCAUGUAUGAACACAAUACAAAAUAUGAAGCCAACAAAUGAACCAUAACAAUAACCUGACAAUAAAAGGGGAUAAGCUUUCCAAUCUUCAUCUGGAAUGUGGCAGCAAAUUAAAUGGCUGUCUCUGAAGCCACAGAAAAGCAACCACGUGAACAGAAAGCAACACAACAAAUUACUGCAUCACUGGCUAUUGUUGGCAAUUUCUAUAAGCUGUUGUUCCUUGCUCUGAAUUUGUGGAAAUACACGAAUGAACCAGGAGACUUAGUCUUACAAUUCAAGCACCUUAUUCCCGACAAAUGCAACCAGAUAGGAAGCAAAAUAAGCAUAGCCUAAAAUAAUUGACAAAAAAUAUCAAUAAUAUAUUAUGAAAAAAUGAGCGUACAGGUUCUUAUGUGAGUUACUGAGAGUAGAAAUAAGUGAAGAAAGAAAUAUAUAUUAGGGGAGGGGGAGGGGGGACUACAUACUUCAUUACUCCAGCUUCUAAUCACCUGAACAAAGAGCAGGUCAUUAGUCUUAGUUAACCAGAUCAAAAGUUGAUGCCUAUAAGUUAAUAGAUACUAAGCCUUAUGCCCUUUGAAGAUGAGUAUGCACAUGACUGUCAACUUCCUUUUCUAUUAUAAUUCUCCUUCAGGUAAUAUUAUUUGCUUGCAGAAGACGAUGAUGAGGAUGAAGAUGUUCAGGUAAGAUUAUUCGGGGCAUGGAGGAGAGGUAUAGAUAUUUGAUGCUGUAUAGCGUGUUGGAUUCUAAAACUCAUGUAUAUUUGCAUGAAAUAUAGUAUACAACGCCAAACAUGUUGCAGAGGAUUCUAUUUCUAGAUAAUAACAACUAGCAACAUAUUUUUUAACAUAUUUAUUUUUAUUGAUUGAAAUAUAUUCAAAAUUAUAAAAUUAAGAGAGAAUUAGUGUGUUCCAAAUUUAUGGGACAAUUAGUGUGUUCAAGUUGAAAAUUGUUAGAGGCAAUUUGUCUUCUUCAUUACAGUUUGCUGAACUUUUUCAUGCAAUGAUUCGUUGUCACUCCAUCUUAUUUUAGGGUCCUGGACGAAAUGCACGUAUUGUAUACAUUGAUGGGGCAUUUGACCUCUUCCAUGCCGACCAUGUUGAGGAAUAUGAUUCAUUACAAUAUACUUGGAUCUCAAUAAAGAGUUAUCUACAUUGGAGGUUGAAACUGGGAUGAAUCUUAAGGCCACAGAGUUGAGGUAAGGAAGUUGAAUCUGUGAUGAAUCUUAAGGCCAUAGAGUUGAAGUAAGGAAGUUGAAUCUGUGAUGAAUCUUAAGACCUCAGAGUUGAGGUUGAGAUAGCUUGGGGUAAUGAGUUUAAGAAACGUUCAUGCAGUGACUCUAUUGAAAGCCAGAAGAGAUCUUGCGAGAACCCACUAUGGAAAGCCACUUUUGUGAGCCAAUAUGUUUUUGUUUUUAGAAAAGAAAGGAUAGUUUCUUAGAUAUUGUUGUUUGUCACAACAACUUUUGUGGACCGUGUUGUUGAAUUUUUUUUCUUGUAGAAUGACAAUGUUGUAUGCAAUUUUAUCUGUUUAUUAUCCACUAAAUCAAUGUCAUUUAAAUUAUGUUAAU